AAAUUUUUUUCCAAACUUCCAACUUUUCAUCACAUCAAACCUUUCAUACACACAACUUUUCAGUCACAUCAUUCUAAUUUCAACCAAACUUCUAAACUUCAGUGUGUAAACAUAGUCUCAGUGUGAACUAAACAUAGUCUAAGGUGUAACUAGAUUUAUAGAUUAUCACUGGUCACUCUCAUAUCGUCAGGGCUGCCAUCCGCAAUAUGCAUAGUGCAAACCAUCCAAUUCUGCACUUCUACAGGAAAGCUAGAGAUAGCCGGCUGCCUAGCUAGCUUAGUAGAUAGUAUACGGUCACGAUAGUAGUAUUGAGCUGCAAUACACACACGCUCGACUUCCCAGAUGACCUCUGGCUACACCCAUGGGGCCCCAGACCUAGCCACGCAAUCACCAUCCCGGCCGGCGACGGCGACGGCGACCCGAGUCCACUGACCAAAAUGUCUCCCCAAAUCUCCUGCACAAAAAGCGCCCUAUAAAAUCUCUCGCCGGUGCAAUGCAUUCUGCCUCCCGUCAUGUACAAACUUCCAUGGCCUCGCGGUCGCCGACCAACAAACAGAUCAGCUCGGAAGAUCGCGUACGUGGUGCUCGCGGCAAGAGGCACCAUCAUUCCUCCGACGAGUGGAGCAUGGAGCACGCGGAGGAGCACGAGCAUGGCCGUGGCGGCGGCGAGCGCGACGACGCGGCGGAGCCCGAGGCGGAGCAGCCGGAGCUGGAGCAGGAGGAGCUGAGCGACUCCGAGUCGGGCGCCGAGUCGAUCGAGAUCUCCGACCUCAAGAAGCGGAUGUGGAAGGACCAGAUGCUGCUGAUGAAGCUCGAGGGUGGUCGCCCCGGCGGCGGCGGCGGCAGGGGCGGCGGAGGGUUGGCGGCGGCGGGGGCCGGGACGUCGUCGGAGGGCCAGCUGGAGGAGGAGACGCCGGAGGCGCGGUGCCGGCGGAAGGCGAUGCUCCGGGCGCAGGACGGCGUCCUCCGGCACAUGCUCAAGAUGAUGGAGGCCUGCAACGCGCGCGGGUUCGUGUACGGCGUGAUCGACGAGGCCGGCCAGCCCAUGUCCGGCUCCUCCGACAGCCUCCGCGGGUGGUGGAAGGACAACGUCAGCUUCGACCGCGCGGGCCCCAUGGCGCUCAUCGGCCCCGCCGCCGCCGGCGACAGCCCCCAGGCGGGCGGCGGCGGCCUCCACCGGCUGCAGGACAUCCAGGACAGCACGCUGGGGUCCGUGCUCUCGGCGCUGAUCCAGCACUGCGAGCCGCCGCAGCGCAGCUUCCCGCUGGAGCGCGGGCUGGCGCCGCCGUGGUGGCCGACCGGGGAGGAGCCGUGGUGGGGCACCCAGGGCGAGACGCAGGCGCACCAGGGCGCGCCGCCGUACCGGAAGCCGCACGACCUCAAGAAGGCGUGGAAGGUCUCCCUCCUCAGCGCCGUCAUCAAGCACAUGAGCCCCCGCUUCGACCAGAUGCGCAAGCUCGUGUGGCAGUCCAAGCGGCUGCAGCAGAAGAUGAGCGCCAAGGAGUCCGACACGUGGUCCAAGGUCAUCCGCCAGGAGGAGGCCCUCGACCGCCGCCUCAAGACCUCGCUGCACAUCACCCUGCUCGACGCCGACGGCGGCGAGGAGGACGACAGCGACGGCCUGGAGGACGUGGUGCGCGGCGCCGCGGCGCAGGACAAGCGCAAGCGCGAGUACACCAGAAGCGGUAGCGGGAGCAGCAGCGGCAACUCCGGCGGCGGGAAGUUCCCCCGUGGGGGGAGCGGCGGCGCCGAUCAUCAUCAGCUGGCCGUCAUGCUACCGGAGCUCGCGGCGGCGGCGGAUCAGGAAGGGCGGAGCCCGAUCAACGAGCUGAUGAAGCUGUACUACAGCUGCCUGCAGCAGGAGGAGGGGGCGGCCGACGGCGGCGAGGCGGGCGGCGAGGGGUGCGACGUGGCGGCGGCGGCGCUGGCCGUUCCGCCGGAGGUGCUGGCCGGCGUGGAUGAGGUGGCGCAGGACGUCCUGUUCGACCUCAUCGGGAGCUAUCCGGAAGUGGACGACGUGUUGCACUUCAUGGACGAGUGACGACGUGGCGCCCUUGGGCCCCACCACGUGUCGCCGCGCGAUUGUCCGGGUUUGGGCGGGAGAAGCUAUAGUCAGGUUGAUGCUGCAUUUGCUGGCGCUCUAGUGCUGCUACUAGCUAGUAGUACUGGUUAAACUAAGUUAAUUAAGCAUGUGCUGCUGCUGUGUUGCUAAAUUCGUUCUCUAUUUGUUGGUUCUGUGGUUAUGGAGGAGAGAAAGGUGGAUAACGGAGUUUGUAAGCUGGGUAAAAGUAUUGUUUAGAGGUUUUAGACUUGACAGAGGAGAGUCGCAUGAUAGAGACGACGCCACGAAUCGAGGCGUGUGGAUGCCGCCGACGGUAAAACAAAAUAGCAUAAGCAUUAUGGGAUUUGUUACGUGUGUUUCGCCUCCCAGGGAAAUUUGUUGUGAAUCGUGAAUGUGAAA